AUGGUGAUACCGAAGGCUAAUUUGGUGACUGAUAAUGGUUCCAUGUCGAUUGCAGCAACGCUCCAUGCUGUUGCAGUCCUGUUGAAGCAGGCCAAGCGCUGGGACUGGUUUAUUAAUCUUGGCUCUUCUGAGUAUCCGUUAAUGCCGCAGGAUGAUAUCCUGCAUAUCUUCUCAUACUUGCCUAGAGACCUGAAUUUCCUUGAGCAUACAAGUGACACUGGGCCAAGAGAAACGAUCCAUGCCAGUUUCUUUCAAGUUAUUCACAGGAUCUUCGUGGAUGGUUCUUACAAGAUCAUUUCUCGAGUUCUGUAUUUUGGGGUGGGAUAG